AUGUCGAGGCUUAACCUUUGGCCGAAGUCGAAGGUGGGAUACCCCUCGAGGCUUGAGAUAAAUAAGAUGCGAGAGAAAUUCCGCAUUCCUGGUGACGUUACUAUCGGUCGGAUACCUAAGGGAGCGAAUAUGUACACAGGGGUCGGAAUCCCGGAGGGAGCUCUAGUGCUUUCACCAUCCCACCUAGAGUUUAUUAGGUUCCCACUUCACCCCUUAUUUCACCUUGUGUUGAAUUCUUUGAACCUUCAUCCUAUGCAGUUAAAUCCGAACUCAUACUUAUUGAUUAGUGGUAUGCUGGCAGUUGGCCUCAAAUGGGGGGUGUCACUAGGCUUCUUAGAUUUCUUCUACCACAUUUAUGUUGCCAUGGUUAGACAUGAGACUGAGUAUUUCUACCUAACCCCUCGACCUAUCCGUAAGUUCUUUGGCUACAAACCGUCUUCCGCUAAAGAUUGGAAGACCCGACUCUUGAUGAUUACUGGGAAUUGGGCUGCCCCUGAGAUUGCCCAGCCCAACCCAACCCGUUCGGAGAUUGUCCUUACUGAUGAGCGAAUCCAGUGGCUGAACCUCCACUUGGUGGGUCAAGAUUGGGACGUUCAGGAGUUCCUCGAUCCCAACACGCUUCUUCGUAUUUCUCAAGAUCGGGAUAUUAUCAUCCACCCAUCUUACCUUAGGGUUGAUCUUAAUGUGGAUCUACAUGAGACAGAAUUAGGAGGUCACAUAGUCAGCUUUGAUUGA